AUGUCUGUUGUAACUGACCCGCAGGAGCAAUACCGUUUGAUUACCAAGAAUCUCCAGGAAACCCUUAACGGCCAAAUCAUUAAAAAUGUGCUUGAGGUUGAAAAAAGACCAGUGAAGCUUUACUGGGGGACAGCGCCCACUGGUAAGCCACACUGUGGAUACUUUGUCCCUAUGAUCAAGUUAGCUCAUUUCUUAAAAGCUGGCUGCGAAGUUACUGUUUUGUUGGCUGACUUGCACGCCUACUUGGACAACAUGAAGGCCCCAUUGGAGACUGUGACGCACAGAGCUCAGUACUACAAGUACAUUGUCAAGUCUAUCUUGACCAGUAUCGGAGUUCCUAUCGAAAAGUUGAAGUUUGUCGUUGGAUCUUCGUACCAAUUAACCCCUGAGUAUACCAUGGACAUCUUCAAGUUGUCCAACAUAGUUUCGCUUACCGAUUCAAAGAGAGCUGGUGCCGAUGUGGUCAAGCAAGUGGCCAACCCAUUAUUAUCUGGAUUGAUCUACCCAUUGAUGCAAGCACUUGAUGAAGAGCACUUGGGUGUUGACGUACAAUUUGGUGGUGUUGAUCAAAGAAAGAUUUUCGUAUUGGCUGAAGAAAACUUACCAAGUGUUGGCUACAAAAAGAGAGCACACUUGAUGAACCCAAUGGUUCCAGGGUUGGGCCAAGGUGGUAAGAUGAGUGCUUCUGAUCCAAACUCUAAGAUUGAUAUUUUGGAGACCCCAAAGAACAUCAAGAAGAAAGUUAACAGUGCCUACUGUGCACCUGGUGAGGUUGAGGGCAAUGGUCUUAUUGCAUUCUUGCAGCAUGUCGUGCAACCAAUCCAAGAAUUGAAGGCGGACAAGGAAGGAGUAUUUGACUUCUCUAUCGACAGACCUGAGCAAUACGGUGGACCAAUUUCGUACGAUUCUAUCGACAAAUUGAAGGAAGACUACUCAUCUGGAGCCUUGGGACCAAUUGAUUUGAAGGCUGGUGUAGCCGAGAAGAUUGUUGAGUUGUUAGAACCAAUCAAGAGGGCCUUCGACAGCGACCCUGAGUUCCAAAAGGUCGAAGUUGCUGCUUACCACGUUGAAGAAGUCAAGAAGGUCAAGAAGGAAAAGAAGCCUAAGAACAAGGGUACCCAUUACCCAGGUGCAGGAAAGGCUGCAUCGCCAGCUCCAGCCGGUGAACCAGUCAAAGAAGUGACCGAAGAGUUGAAAGAAGUGAGUUUAGAGAAAUAG